ACCCGCCUUCCAUCCCAUCUUUGCCCUGCCUCGGCCGGCCUUAUUUCCAGCCUUCGAACCACCACACGCCGUGCGCUGCCGACCAUCCCCGUUAUACUGACAUCACCAGCGCAAACGCAAACUCACGACACCGCCCAUUCUUAUGGUCUCUCUCCAACAAUGCCUGGUUCUGGUGGCGAUUUCUUUGUCGACCUGACCACCACGCCCAUCUUCGAUGAUGCCGUCUAUUUCACGGAAGCCCUGCUGCUUUCCGCCGCCGAGAACGAGGACCACCUAGAUGCGCAACUUGCCAUGGCCGCCGAACUAUCCGACAUUGAUCAACCCUACAGAAUCCUCGCCCACGCCCCGGAAUCUGAUCUCGGUCUGCCCGCUAUCCUCACUUCCACGUCUGCGUUAUCUUUGCACAGCGAACAGAGAAGCUCGGCUUCUAUCCGUUCUCAAGAGACCCAGUCUACCAGUUGGACCUCGCAGCCAUCCGGUCGCACUUCUCACGACCACGCAGCUUUUGAUCUUUCGCCUGUGCACCACAAGCCUCCAUCCAUUUCCCGCGUCUCACUGUCUACGGAUCGCUCUGGUCAUUCUCUGGAGCCUAUCCCUCUCCUCCGCCCCAAUGCACAGCACAGAGAUUCCACGUCCUCCUUCUCGGUCACCAAUUCCGUCCUUUCGAGCUCUUCGUCUACACGCGAACGACUGUUGCGCAAGCCGAAAAGAGCUUCUGCCAUAUUUUCAAAAUUCAAGAGAACGUCGAGCACGCCCACAUCGAAACCGCGCCACUGGUCUCAUCCGGGCGAGGAAGUGGACUUGGAUUUGACGACAAAGAGUGAUAGAAACGGCGUUCAAUCGCCUGACGUGGAUUCUCUGCGAGGUUCAGACUACAGUGAAGAUGGCGCCUCCUCGCUAGAUUUACCACGCGGUUCCGAUAUCGACACGACCACGAUGCACACCUUCCUAUCUAUCCCCGAAACAAUGCAGCCAGACUGCAAAUCCAUCAAACCCGAUGCUAUGGAAUGCGAGACCUUCAGGAGUCUGAGAAACGAACAGAGGGAACAAUACCAGCGGAUUACGCUAUUCGAGUCGAAUCAACGAAAAGCGCUGGCUGCACAUCAUCACUGGGCUCUCAAGCAACUCACACCCAGAUGUGAAGCCCUGAGGGCAGAAAGGAAGGCACAGCACCCCAUUGAACUCGAUCGCCUGGAAGAAUUCCAGCUAAAGACGGAACACGAACUCCGCGAGGCCCAGGCAAUCGAAACUCAGAAUGCAGCCACAGCAUUGAAAUACAUGACUGCCUACUGCUCCGGAAUCACCCCCAUAGACGCCAGUUUAGCCCACGACGUGACAAACGAAGACCGCAAAAAACUCGAGCGCCAGCGCCUCCUGCAGAAGAAGCUCCCAGACAAGCACGAAAGCGCCAUCAACGUGCUCCGCGCCAAACAAGACCGCGACACGCGCCUCAAGCUCGAGAAGCAAAAAGCAGAGCUCCAGCACCUGGACAAGAACUGGCUCACCGACGAAACCAAGAAGGAAGAAACCCGCCACGCAAAAGAACUCGCGCGCCUCGAAUCCACCAUCAAGAAGCGCCGCGACAGGAUCAUGAAGCGCUGGCAUCUCCGCUACGAAAUGUGGCGCAAGGACUGGGAGAAGCAGAACCAGGAUUCCCUGCCUGGAAUCAUCCCCCACGAGGAGUGGCCCGAGAACCUCGAUGCCGGGUCCUUGAUCGUCGAUACGAGCACCAUGGCUGUUUACAAUGGCGCGUUGACGGACCUGCUCAUGGCGCUGGGCAAUCAGUCGCUCGAGUCACGGUUGAGGUUGGGGCCGCACAGGUUGGAGUCGUAUUAG